GGAGCCGCGGUCGCGAUGCCGGUGUAGAGAGGGGGAUGGGCAAUACUGCAAAUGUAAAGGACAUGAGAUUGAAUCACAGUCUUGAAUCACCAAGUGCUGUACAUACCCAUAUAAAUACCGACUAUUAUUUUGUAAAAUAACAUUGUAUAUUAAUGUAUUCUUUAGCAACUCAACGUGAACAUUUGAAGACCGCACAGUGUCUUAAAUGGGAGAAAAUGUGAAACUUUCAACUCUUGCGUAAGGGACACUGAGAAGUUUGGAAGAUAGCCUGAGAGCCUCGCGGUGUACAGUUCACAGGAAACACCGAGGUUGCAAGAAAAGGCCUGCUGUUCUGCCUCGCAUCGAUGUUGGAUUAAAAAAAAACACUAAAUACCUUUAAUAAGCAUUUGAAUUUCAAUUACGCUGGAAGGACGCUGUAGUCCGGAAUCAGUUGAAGCGAGCCCAGCAGUAAAUGAGAAAAAUUACUCAAGUCGCAGCUGUGGGAACACACAGAGUCAUGGAUAUGGGGGACUUCCUUAUGCUAUGCAACAGUCUUCCGUUGUGUGUUGUCAGGAUCAUAACUAUGGAGCUCCACCCCCUCCCACCCCUCCUGCCUCCCCACUCUCCCAGACCGUUUUCUCCCAUUUGGAACGCAAUGGCACUCUGGGACGAUCGCGGCCUUGUUUUCCCACCAAUGAACCAGACAACUCUGCUGACAGUGAGAGCUCAUCGGAGGAGGAGGAGGUGGUGGAAGGCACAAUUCCACCUUCUUGGUGUCAAUGCUGUCUAAUGCAAGAUGGCAUUAAGUGUGAGAGCUGCAGGGGUCUGGAGAAGAAGACAGGGCUGGAUGGGCAGCGCAGAAAAGCAGAGAAUGUUUCAGUUGGCGAGAGCAGCGCAACAGAGAGUGGAGAUGAGGACAUGUCAGCUUCUGCUGUGUCGUACACGGCGACUCAACACACACCCACUAGCAUCACUCUCACUGUCAAAAGAGUCAAACACAACAAAGUCAAGAAGAGAAAGAAGAGCACAGAGAAAACACGCACUACUCCUAAAGCCAAGAAGGUUAAGGCUUACAGAGAGGGUUCCAGAAAAUCAAUGAGAAUGAAGAAUUCUGCGUCUGAGGCUAGUGUUCUGGAUGAGAAUACAACAGAAGGAUGGGAGACUCGAAUUCAGCAGUGGACGGACCAGUAUGAGGAAGCUCUGUCUAACCAGUACAGUGCUGAUGUGCAGAACCUCCUCAAACACUACUGUGCCAAUGGCAACUCGUCCCCCACCCCAUCUACUGUCGCCAUGGACACCAUUAACAGAACAGAACUAGCUUGCAACAACACUGUGUUGGGCUCGCAAAUGCAGUUGCAGCUGGGUCGUGUAACACGUGUGCAGAAACAUAGGAAGAUUCUCAGAGCUGCACGGAAUUUGGACCCUGAAACACUCAUUAUUGAGUAUAGAGGCAAAGUCAUGCUCAGACAGCAGUUUGAAGUCAAUGGACAUUUUUUCAAAAAGCCAUAUCCAUUUGUCCUGUUCUACUCCAAGUUCAACGAAGUGGAGAUAUGUGUGGAUGCCCGAACAUUUGGCAAUGAUGCACGGUUUAUCAGAAGAUCAUGCACACCCAAUGCUGAGGUGCGGCACAUGAUAGCAGAGGGGAUGAUUCACCUGUGUAUCUACGCUGUUGCUCAAAUUUCAAAAGAUUCUGAAGUCACAAUCGGCUUUGACUACGAGUUUAGCUGCUGUAAUUAUAAAGUGGAUUGUGCAUGUCACAAGGGCAAUCAGGACUGUCCUGUGCAGAGACACAAUCUCCGCCCCCUUCAACUGCUAUCCCCCCAGUCUUCAAACUUUGCCCUGCCUGGAGCAGAAACACGGAGGAGACGAGCCCGACGCAGAGAAAUGGAAGAGGACAGGCUCGUAACUGGUGUAUCUGAUGAAAGCAACCACCUGCUGGAAGAUGCAAAUGAGACGCAGGGAGUUAGCGAUACAGAGGAUGCUCUUAUGGACAGAGUGAAGUUGGAGAAUGGAGAGGAGGAGUUAGACGAGAAUGGAGCACUAAUACCAAACAGACGUUCUCAUGAUGAACGCAAGGCAGAGGCCAUAAUGCACAUGCUUGAGAACCUUGAUAGGAGAAAGAAACGUGGUCAGGGCACAGCGCAGGCUACACCUGAAGAAACCAAACUGGAAGCAGGGGAGGCAGCAGUCCCCUCACUUACAGCAGGAAACUGUGUUCCAAAUACAGGAGCAGGUGGAGGAAUCAGUACAAGGCGCACCUCCUUUGCUGCUGUGGAAACAACAGAUAUUGACUCUGAAAAGCCCCCUGCUGCACCUAGUCCUGCCCCUAAAUCGCAACCUGCCCGCAGUUCCAAACCACGUCCUAAGAGCCGCAUCUCCAGGUACCGCUCCAGUUCAGCCCAGCGUGCUCGAAGACAGCGGCAGGCUCUUUCUCAGCAAGCAUCAGAGGGAGUUUUGGUGGGCGGUGAAGAAGGCAGUGCAGGGGCAGGCCUCAGGGAGCAGGGCCAGGGAGAGGGAGCUCCAAACUGUGGAAAUCUCCAGGAUGGAGAACUAUGUGGAGCCGCCACUUCAGGGAUGGGUAGUAAGACUAAUGUCAGAUACCCAAAAACCAAGAAGUACCUGGUGACGGAGUGGUUAAAUGACAAGGUUCCAGAGCGGGUGGAGGAGUCUGUGGAACGCCCUUUACGCAUCACCACAGACCCUACAGUCCUCGCCACCACCCUCAACAUGCUGCCAGGACUAUCUCAUUCACCUCUCAUCUGUACUACCCCCAAACACUAUGUUCGUUUUGGUUCACCCUUUAACCCAGAAAGACGCCGGCGACCCUGUAUGAUUGACCCUGCUUAUGGUUCUUGCAAGAAGAGGUGGAUGAAACAAGCGCUGGAUGAGAGCAUGUUAUCUGGCCUAUUGGAAGAUGGAACAGAGUCCAGUUCUUCCCACAAAAGUAACACCAGCAGCACUAGCAGCUCUCAACCGUUCAAACCUGAGCUGACAGGACCAUUUAAGAAGAGGAAAUUGAAGUGUUCAUCAGAAACGGCAGCUCCACCUUCUGAACUCUUGUUACGACCAUUGUCCCCCAUCACCCCACCUCUGCCCUCUGAACUUCCCAUGACGCCUCUUCAUUCGCUCAUGACUCCCUGCUCGCUUCAUUUAGGUGGGGAAGUGGAGACGCUGAAUGCUACCAUGCUUUCUUACUCUCCUCUCACAUCCCGACCUGCCAGCCGCUGCAAUACACCUCUACAGUUUGAGAACAUCUCUUCUCCUGAGGCCUCUCCUGUGCACAGAUCAGAAUCUCUGACUCCAGAACCCUGUUUGCGACCAGACUUUACUUCACGGGUCACUGCCUUCCCUGACUUUUCCACAAGCCGGGGAAGCCCAGCUCCUAUGUCAGAUGACUUCUUACUUGCUGCUCCAGACUCUCUGAAUGGAUCUGGUGGUGGGACUCCCCUCAGCUCAGCUGUUGUGUCCAGUCUAUGUGACUCUUCCUUGGUUUCACAUGCCAGUGAGGCACAGGCCAGAGAACAGGCCUUUAGGACAGAAUUUAACCUCAUUUACACCUGCUCUCCCCUCAAUGCUAAUCUACCCACUGGUCCAGUAAGUGACAGACACUUCCCACAAUCAGAGGGAGGCUUGUCCACGGCUGACUCCGACUUAAGCACAAUAUGCUGCCAGGGGCUGCUGAUGGAAGCAGGGUCUAGCUCUGGCUCUCUCUCAAUGUAUCUGGACACACAGUUUGGAGGUGGAUAUUCAGAGCGCAGCACAUCCCCCAACCCUAGCAAUCCACCACAGAAGAAGAAGGUCUCUCUGCUGGAGUACAGGGAAAGAAAGAAAGGGCCAAGGGACCCAGCGCCCCACAUCACAAACCUCAGCUCCAUUUUUUCUCGCACAGAGUCUCCAGGACAGCCACGCACACAUUUUCAGCCUUCAGUCUCUCCGCACAAUUCGUUCUCUCCAGAACGACAAGCUUUCCCACAGAUAGAGGAGGUCAGUCCUCCUGGCAUCAGGUCUGGAAACCACACACAGACCACAGUGCUGGGCGGACCAGAGUCCAACCACUGGAUGGUCCCUACAUCAGUUGAGCGGUUGAGGGAGGGACAGAGUGCUCUGGAGCGUGUUCUGAGGGGUAAUCUGAACAUAGAGCGUGCCCUUAAUAGAGGAGAUGCUGGAAUUAAUGACCAAAUCGGCAGUCGUGCCACGAGCUCUGAUGCUGUUGAGAUGGACAGGUCUGAUCUUCAAAGCUCAUCUCUGACCUCUCCCUUAAAAAGUCCUUUGCUUCAUGCACAUCAGCAGAUGCUGCCUCUCCAGCCAGAAUCCCAUCAGCAUUUGGAAAGCCCAGCCUACGACCAACAGAGCUCCUCCUCUCCAUUCUGUCCAUCUGUAAGCCCCUCCCCUCCCCGCUGCAGCUCUGGGGGGCCAGGUUACUAUCCUUCAAAGCUGCCCACACACAGCCCGCUCACCCAAGAAAGCCCGUCCUCUUCUACAGUAUCUAUCUCCUCAGUGGACUCAACAAUAUGUGCGCCACAUCCUUACAGCAGCAGUGGAGGUGGAAUGGACACCUCAAGCCUUAAAGCUAAACUGUUGGACAGCUCCCUGUCUGCUGCUCUCUCUCCCCCUACCAGAGGCCACCUUAAAAUGGACAGCGCUGCAGUACCACACACACAAGGUGCUCAUGGCUCCAGAUUGGCUCAGUCGUCCAGAGUCCACAGCCAGAGAACAGACAGACCCAGUCAGGCUAACUCGAGACAUCUCACAGCUUCUGGAGCACAGCACUAUCCACAACGAAAUUUACAGGGUUCAGGGGUAUGGACACAGUCGGGGACCUUUUAGGACCCACAGUGUAUAUGUGUGUGUGUGUGUGUGUGUGUGUGUGCACGUGUGUGCCAGAAAGAGAAGUGUGUGACAUCCUCCUCACUUUUACCUGUGGAGAAGCUAUGCGUUGUUAGAGGGAAUUGAUGUAUUGAGUUCUGUAUGGAUGGUCUAUUUUUGUCUUUACUUUCCCCAGUUCCUUUUAUCUUUUUCCAAAAACUGAAUUUCUGCAGUUACAUGUAACUUAGUGUGGACUUCAUAACAAUCAAAUCAAUGGAACAUUAAAGUAACUAGUUUGGAGUAUAUAACCAGAGUUAAAUGUAUUUUGAAAAUUCACCCAAAUGCUACAAUGAUGUGUUCACACUGAAGUGCAAGUAUUUAAGAGUAAGAGGAAAAUUACUGAGUUGAGCACCAGUGGUGAAACAAAACGGUUUCUCUAAAAGUAGCGUUCUCAUGUUUAAGACUUAUCUAAGAGUAAAAGUGAUCAUGCUGAUCUUAGAUGAGUUUUCAACUUUUUAUGUAUAAUGAAUGAUAUGACCGUAUGAAAUGGCACUCUUUAAGGCACUCUUUGCACACUUGACUCGGAGUGCACUCGCCUGUUUUCAGUUUUAUCAGUAGACGUCAUCAGAACAGUCAUGUAGUGUGUUCAUGGUUGGCACGUUUGGCUCAGAGCAAAGUGUUUUUGAAUGCACAUGAAAGCAAUUCUUAGUGAACAGUGAGCUAUUUUCUCACUCUGAAUCAUUCCAGUGUCUAGCUGUCGUUAGGGUCCGACAGGCCCCUCUAGCCUGUUGACUUCUCCUGUUAGUGUCAUCAAAAUCACUAUUCACUUGAAAUAUAAUACUUGACAAGCAGAUCUUAUGGUGCUUCAGUUGGUCCAGUUGAAUUGUUUUUGUUUCCCAGUGUGAUCACGGUUGCCUCUUAAGGUAAAAACAUGCAAUUGUCAGUUCAAACGUUGUUUUUUAACUUGUUUCCAAUGAUUGUUAAAGACCCUCUCUGUGACUUGCAAAGUGCAGGACUUUGCCGAAAAAGAAUUUGCAGAAAUGUUUUUGUUUAUACUCCGUUAAAAAAAUGUGUACCCUCCCAAGCCCUUUAAUCCUAAGUGUACACUUCAUUCUCUUCAUUUGAUUUUCUCUCCUUGACCAGUCCUUGCAUUCCAGCCACCAUUUUAGAAAGGAAGAAAGGAAAGAAAUGCUAUGGCCAAAUGGUUUGAUCAGUAAAUAAGACAAAGCAAGUGUGCUGCUGCUGUGGUCUCUUAAAUGUAAGUGUUUCCCCCCUUUUUUAUUUACAAGAAGCUGCUCACAGGACAGCCUUUUUAACAGAUAGGCAUAGUGCUGUACCUCUCUUGGAUGAUACCUUUCUAAAACCGUAAGGUUGCCAUGAUGACCACAGUAGUGGGAUAUUUAAACCCCAUUUCAAACAAAACCGAUGCCCCUUGUUGCAUUUGGAUAAUCUAUGUUGUCUGCUUGGUGGAUUAUUCUAGCGUGGUCCAACAGUAGAAAAGAUUAAGUCUGUUUUUGUUUUGGCCUAGUGUGAAAAGAUCUUGAAAUGAUGAUGGGUUAAUGUGGUCAGCCUUAGCUCACUGGUUUAUAUGAAUGUCUCUUGAAAAAGAAAAAAAAAAAGACUUUGUGAUCUGAAAUUUACCAGCACCUUAACUACAUGAUCAUGUGUACUUGGGUGAAGUGUUAUUCUGUUCUCAGAGAAAUAUAGUACACCAAAUUUGCUGCAUGAUAUUUCUUUUGUGUCAUUCUAACAGUCUAGGGUUGGGUUUAUGGGAUAAGGUUUUGGUUGACUCACCUCUGUUUAACCCCACAAACAUUUGGCACUUUUCUAGUAUCCAUAGACAUAUUUUUGUUGUAUUUUUUUUUACACCUAAUUUGAACCCUUCCCCUUUUCAUGACAUAAGUUGCAUCACAUUUUGCUUUUUAAAUAAAAUGUUUGUGAACAUUUUUAAAACUAGUUUGAGCAUUUGCUGAACAUUGGUUGCAUGGAAAGAGAGAGUGAUUGAUAACAAUGGUUUGUUUCCAUUUAUCCAUUAAUAUAACAUUUUAAAAACACCCUAUGGAGUAAGCGCAAAAUAAGGUCUAUGGUGAGCCUUAAAAAAUGGAAAAAUCUGGCCUCAUUGUACUCAUUACCCUUUUAAAACUGGCUAUUAAGAUCUGAAUUUGGGCAAUCCUAUCACAAGUGUACAAUGCUCAAUACAAGUCUAAAUGAUGUCCGAAA